AAUACCUCUCUAGGAAGAUUUUUAAGCCUCUAUUAAUGUCUGCUAUCUCUACCCUGAACUUCAGUAGUUCCAGAUUUAUUCUCACUGGUUUUCCUGGCCUAGAAGUUCAUUAUCUUUGGCUCUCCAUCCCUUUCUCCUCCAUCUAUGCUAUGGUUUUCCUGGGGAACUGCAUGGUGCUCCACGUGAUCCGGACUGAGUCGAGCCUCCACCAGCCCAUGUUCUACUUCCUAGCCAUGCUGGCCCUUACUGACCUGUGUGUGGGGCUGUCCACCGUGUACACAGUGCUGGGAAUUCUGUGGGGGCUCAUUCAAGAGAUCACUCUGGAUUCCUGCAUUGCCCAGUCCUAUUUCAUCCAUGGUCUGUCCUUCAUGGAGUCCUCUGUUCUCCUCACUAUGGCUUUUGACCGCUACAUUGCCAUUUGCAACCCUCUACGCUACAACUCCAUCUUAACUAAUAACAAAAUUAUCAAAAUUGGGUUGGCAAUCUUAUGUAGGAGUUCUUUACUCAUACCUCCAGUCAUUAUCCGCCUCAAGUUCUUAAAUUAUUGUCGUCCCCACAUCCUUUCUCAUUCUUUCUGCCUGCACCAAGACUUAAUACGAAUGGCCUGUUCAGAUAUUCGCUUCAACAGCAUCUAUGGUCUGGCCCUGGUGAUCAGUAACCUGUUGUUGGAUGCAGUGCUCAUAAUUAUCUCCUAUAUCAUGAUCUUACAUGCAGUCUUAGCUAUUGCAUCACGAGAGGAGAGAAUCAAAUCUUUGCAGACCUGUGUAUCUCACAUCUGUGCUGUUUUGGUAUUCUACAUCCCAAUCAUUGGUCUGACCAUGGUUCAUCGUUUUGGGAGACACCUCUCACCUUUGGUUCAUGUCCUUAUGGGAAACAUCUACAUCCUUUUCCCACCCUUGAUGAACCCCAUUAUUUACAGUAUCAAGACCCAGCAAAUACGAAGGAGGGUCCAGAGAUUGUUUCACUUGAAAGGAAUGUAA